GCAUCUUCGGCUGUAAACAUUUUAUCGCCAGUUUUGGUGCGCUAAUUCGGUUUAUUCGCGUUGAAAGAGGUUUCGAAGGCUGUUCGCACCUACGGGAACUCUCAAACCAAACAAAUAUCAGCAACACCGUCAACGCCAAUCGCAGUGCUUGGACGCUAGAUUACUGGUGCUUUUUGUAUAUAUAAGUAUAUGUACAUUGUUUGGGAUGAAGUGUUUGUUUUGCUAUUAGUUCUGUAGAAAUUGUGUGGAUAUCAGCUGAAGCGUCCAGACAAGAUGUACAGCGAAGCAGCAAAGCCGUUUGUGUACACAGACUAUGGGCCCAAGUAUAAUGAUUUACCGAUGGAGAUUUUGGUAAAAAUAUUUGGAUACCUCACAGCAGCGGAUCGGCUUGCUGCCGGAAUAACAUGCAAACGAUGGCUGGAGGCAACGCAAUACCAACAAUUUGUUAACGACGUCUGCCUCAACUUCCACAAAACCCACUUCAGUGAUACGUGCAGCCCAGUUGUUCACCUACUGUUAAGUACAAGCCACUUCCAGAGCAUCGUGUUCUCGCAAGUAGAAUUCAACGAAACAGAGCAGUUCUUUUCUCGCUUUGGUGAAAAUAUCUUAGAGCUAAGCUUCAAAGCUUGUGACAUUCGGGAAAGAACCUUCAACAAUAUACUCGUGCUGGUCCCCAAUAUUCGAUCUCUUCGAAUCGAGGCGUGCAGGGAACUGCUUAUGUCCGGACGUUUGUUCGAUACGGUACAGCAAGCUGAACUGGCACAAAAUCUACGGAACUUGACGACAUUGAGCUUAGCAUGCAACCGGUACCUUUCGGAUGCUCUGUUCAAGCGAAUCGUAUCGCUUACCCCAAACCUUGUGAGCCUCGAUCUUAGUGGAUGUUCCAUCUCAUUUCACAAGGGACUAUACCGUAAAUUUUACCCAGCCCAGCCUGACGAUGCAUCCGAAAGUGUGCUGACUUUUCAUUACAUUUCGCAAUUCAUCGAGCGACAGGCAACUAAAUUGAAGACGAUCAACUUCAGCUCAACGCUUAUUGAUGGCGACUCACUGGAAAUAUUGGCUGGAUUCGAAAAUCUUCGAUUAGACACACUCGAUCUGAACGCGUGCGAUCAGCUGACCAAUUCCGGAAUAACUGCGCUUGCACAGAAGCAGAACUCUUUACAACAUCUUGAUUUUUCUAGAUCUGUACGCUUUACGGAUUCUUCUUUGCACAAGAUUUGUGCGCACUUGGUGAAUCUGAAAUCGCUGAAAGUACGGCACUGCCGAGCCCUUACAGAUCUGGGAAUCAAAGAGCUAGUAAGUUUAACGAAGCUCCAAGUUCUAGAUAUUUCCGAGUGUGAAUCCAUUACCGGACAGGGAAUAAUCAACGGUAUCGCUUCGAAGCCCAACCUCGUCCUGCUGGAACUGUACGUGAGCGCGUUGAAUUUGUGCGAAAGUUCCGCUAUCAAAAUCGCAGAGACCUUCCCUUCACUGCGAGUGCUGGAUUUAAGUUACUGCUUCCAUUCAAUUUCGGAUCUGUGCUUACAGAUGAUAUUCAAAAAUCUAAUCUGGUUACGGCAUCUUAAUUUGGAUUAUUGUGACAAGAUUUCCGACAGUGCCAUGACUGGUGUAGGCAUGCUAUCAAAAGUUCAGGAAUACGAAGAAUGCGGAAUGACGCUACCCAAACUAACGAGCGCAAACUUUCAGAAUGCCGAUGAAAUCGAACCUAUGCCAUCCAGCUCGGGCCGCACAUUUGGGGCUGGUUCUCCAGAUGAAAUGUACAAAAUUUCUAUUCGUAGCAAAGCCGAACAAGAGAUUGUAAAUGAUGCCAUGCGGAAACGAGCAAUGAUGGAAAUAUGUCAGCAAAAACAGCUGCUGAAGGAUGAGGUCGGUAGUGGGUUCUCCAUUAACAGACUUAAAGGGUUGCGAGUUUUGCGGCUAUCCCAGUGCAAUAAACUUUCCGAUAUUUCGUUGAUGUACGCCUUCAAGCUGCGCGAAUUGAAGGAGAUCAGUUUGGCUAGGUGUCAGCAAAUUUCAAUCGAAGGAAUUCGUUCCUUGGUGCAGAAUUGUCCCUCGCUUGAGAUUGUCGAUUUGAGCGAAUGUCACAACAUUAACGACAAAGCCAUCGAAUUAAUUGCGAUACAUUUGAAGCGAUUGAAUACGCUCUCACUUGAUCGCUGUUUUCAGUUAUCCGACUUCAGCUUGGAUUAUAUCGCAAUACACUGUAAAGCGUUACGUACGCUGGACGUACGUGGCUGUAGGAAUAUGUGUGCCGAGCCAAAUCUUCGGCUCGUCAACAUACCCACGCUCAGGACGGUUCACAUGAGCAAAGCAGGACCUUACCUCGGAGAGCCUGGGUAUUUCGUAAAUAAACCACCCCCACCACCAAUGCCAAGACGGAUUUAAUAUUUGCUUUUGCUGGACGCGGGGGGACUGCUUGUUGUUGUUUUAGUUCUGAUAAUUUAUUUUCUAUUGUAUUAAACUGUUAUUGAUGUUACGAUCUUGUUCACCAAAGCCUAACAAGCACACGAUUAUUUUGCGGUAUUAUAGUGGCAAGUUGCAAUAUAUUGACUUAUAUUAACAAGAACGAA